GGCGUUAUAUUUACGCUGUCCAGAAGCACAACCGGUUGUGUAUCAGAUUUAUACUUCAUGCCGCUCUAGUUUAAGCUCUUGGGGAUGUUUUAUUACAGCUCUGCCUUGGUCGAUGCUACAAUACAAGUUUCCAUCUGUAUAAAUAUAUUGUGUGUAUAAAGUUAUGUAUGCAAACCAGUCAAACCCCCGCAUGUGACUUCUCCCUUGUUUACUUCAGCUCUUCCUUUUUUUCUCUCCCUUCCCUCGUCCUGCCAUCCAAGGACACGCCCAGCAUGGAUAACUACCAGAAAAUAGAGAAAAUUGGCGAAGGAACUUACGGCGUCGUCUACAAAGCUCGCGAGCUGAACCACCCAAACCGUGUCGUUGCCUUGAAGAAGAUCCGACUCGAGGCUGAAGAUGAGGGCGUCCCCAGUACCGCGAUCCGCGAGAUCUCCCUUCUCAAGGAAAUGAAACACCCGAACGUCGUCCGCCUGUUUAAUAUCGUUUACGUCGAUGGCCACAAGCUUUACCUCGUCAUGGAGCUCCUAGAUCUUGAUCUGAAGAGGUACAUGGAUGCCCUGCCCGUUGAUGAAGGCGGCCGUGGUAAAGCUCUCCCGAAUGGAUCGAAGAUGAGCGUUGGUCUGGACGGACCUAUGGUCAAGAAAUUCAUGGGACAGCUGGUCGAGGGAAUGCGCUACUGCCACAGCCACCGGAUCCUGCACCGUGAUUUGAAACCGCAGAACCUGCUCAUCGACCGAGAGGGAAACCUGAAACUGGCCGAUUUCGGACUGGCGCGCGCCUUUGGUGUCCCGCUGCGGACGUAUACUCAUGAGGUGGUUACCCUUUGGUAUCGCUCCCCAGAGAUUCUGCUCGGUGCACGCCAGUACUCCACCGGGGUUGACAUGUGGUCUAUCGGAGCGAUCUUCGCAGAGAUGUGCACGCGCAAGCCACUGUUCCCUGGUGAUUCGGAAAUCGACGAAAUCUUCAAGAUCUUCCGUCUCCUUGGAACACCCGACGAAGUGACCUGGCCUGGCGUUACCUCGUUUCCAGACUACAAGUCGUCGUUCCCCAGGUGGAAGCGCACCUCUGCACCUCUGGUUCCGGGAUUGGACAGUGAUGGCUGUGACCUCCUCGAGGCUCUGCUUGAAUAUGAUCCUGCCCGCAGGCUGUCUGCGAAGCAGGCCUGCCUGCACCCUUACUUCAGGGAGGACAGCCCUCCCGUGUCACGGCCGUUAGGGAAGAAGUGACCAACUUCCACUGCUGCGGAAGCGAUUUUCUGGUGAUAGAUUAGUGUUCACCGUAUUUCCAAACAAUUCACCUACUGCCAGUAUUCUAUCGUC